UACGAAGCGUGAAACCUAGUUCGUACGAUAAACGAAUUGAUCUUCAGUUAGUUUCAUCAAAUCAAUUGUGACAGCCCGAUGUACACCUAUUUAAAGAGGUGUAGUUGUUUAUGUUUGCGCGGUUCGUCUUUAUCACCAUCGAUGGACAGUGCAGACUAUUGAGUGUAAGACGCCGUUCAGCUGAUUAUAAACAAUACGCUGCAGCCAACCGGACUACUUCGUGCGCAACCUUGCAUUUACAUAAUAUGAUGAUAUUACGAAGAGACUUGACAAUUAUCGCCUUAAUGGUAAUCGCGACAGAAUACGUAUCCUCGCAUAAGGAAUCGGGCCCACUUCAAAGAUACUGUGGCAGAAACUUAGUAAAUAUAUUAACUAUGGUCUGUGAUGGAAUGUACAACCAAAUGGCACUCAAAACAGCUGCCUUAGCAGAAAAAUCAGAUCCAUCGGGAACCGACACACCACUUCGCAGAAAACGUAGCGUCGCUAGUAUAUUCAAAGGCGAAGCUCUCCAAAGACAUCGGCGAGGUGCGUACGAAGAUUGUUGCCGGAAGGGUUGCACGAUAGAUGAAAUGGCUGGAUAUUGUGGAACAGGACCCCCCUCCUCUUGAUUUUAGAAUUGCAAUUCUUACUUGAUAUGUAUAACAAUUGCAAAUCUAGAAACUGUGGUGCCAGACUUCUCAACUUUUGCCUUAUAAAUUAAGAAUUCUUUCAAUCAAUGUGUUCAUAUUUUAAACAAUAAUUUUUACUCGUAAAUGACCAAUUUUUUGUGAAAUUUUAAUUAUGUAUUUAGUGAUAAUUAUUAUUUUUUUCGUUGAAUGUUUCCGUCAACUACAAUUAGCUAAAUGUGUAUAGGUAUAGAGUUUAUCGAUUCAACUCUAGCGUAUUAAUUUAGAUAAAUAUAAAAAUAGAUUCGUACUAGUCAUUAUAUCGAUUGGAUAUCUGACAGGUAAGAAGUAAUCACCAGACAUGAAAAGGUUCCAACAGAUAAGCCAUAUUAUUACAAGUGUAUAUGUAGUUGGUUUGCAAAGAAAAAUGGCGCGAUUGAUUGUACUACGUGUAAGUAGGAAGUAGGAAGUAAAGAGAUAUUUACUCGAAUUUUUUUCUCUCAAAGUAUUUACCUAUACUUAGAAGCGCCGAAAUACCAAAGAAAAUUUAUUGUAAAUUACCUACUAUUUUUAACGAUAACUUUAACUCGACAUAAUAGGUAAUCAGUUUACCAAUAAACGAAAAGCGUGCAGAAAAAAUGUUAUGAUUUCGUAAUUUAGGCUAUGUAAGUUGGUGUUUUUCUCGUUAAUAUACGUAUCGAAAUCAAUAUUUUAGUUUAAUUUACUCGAAUAGAUUUAUUUUGAAAAUCAAAGUUGAAGUUUCAAAGAGAACCUUGACAUUCUGAUCUGAAUUUCAUAUAAAGAUUGUGAUUUUUAUUCAUAAGACAUAUUUUGUACUUAAUGGAAACAACUUCGAAUUAGAAAUAUAUAACAUCAUUUUCCAAAGUA